AUGACCAAUUUUAAAUCUACCUAUGAGAAGAAAUCUUUCACUAGAGAACAAUGGAUGAAAGUGGUGCAGGACGCCAAUCCCUAUGAUCGCAGCAACAGUGAGUUGUCGAAUAAUGAGCCGGUAAUACCAAUGUUAUUAUUGAACUAUUUUGUGGUGAUGGCAUAUGAGGAAUCUAGUAUCCGCAUGGCUAAGGAGCUUGGGUUUUUGAAUUCCAACAAAGACAUUGAAGAAUUCAACUCUGUAUAUAUGAUUAAGAAAAGGGCAUACAUCAAGGAACUUAUCAAGAAGGGUGAAAUUUUACUAGCUAUGGAAAAGAUUACCGAGGUAUUUGGAAUAGAGGUACUCGAAAGUUUGAAUGACCAUAUUACAGAUGAAGAUUUGAACUUCAAGCUAUUGUUGUUGAACCUUAUUGAAAUGAUUCGUUCCCACAACGCCAAGGGCGACCCUAACGAUCAGGAGCAGUUUAUAUUAGAGCUUAUCUCUUAUGCUCAGGAUAAACUUGCUUUGAAAGCAAGCUCCAAAAAAGAGUAUAUGAAGGAAGUCGAAUUAGUUAUGACCCUUCUUCUCUUCCCGUUAUCGGAUGAGGAUGGUUCGAGUCCUUCUGCUAAGUUACCAAAGAAGUUGAAACAGCUAUAUUCCUUAAAUAUGAGAACUAAAGUAGCUGAUCUAGUGAACAGAAAGCUUUUGCAAUCGAUAUUACCGAGGAUAAACUCUCAACUCGAAAAAUCUGGUUUACCUGACAUCUUAGGAUCCAGCUUCCAAUCAAAUCGAGUUCCCACUCUAACAAACGUUAUACGAUCCAUUCCAAGGGAAUCUAUCACGACAGAAAGGCUUACCGGAGAGCUAGCACAUAUUGAAGAAAAGCAGGGAAGUUCUAUGAGCACCAAUUCCGACAUGAGUCGCAUACAAGGUGAAAUCUUUGAAGAGUUAGGUGAGAACUUGCAUUCUUAUUAUAUCCCUAACGACGUUAGAUUGGUACAAAUCAUGAAACUUUGGGUUUGGUGUGAAAACCAAUUGCAUAGUUCGGAUGUUGGUGUUCCGAGGGUUGAAGGAGUGAUUUAG